CUUGCCACAACCAUGACUCAUGGCUGAAAAGGCCUCAGCGCUCAUUCGUCAUGUUCGUACAGCUCGGUGUGGGGGCCGGCCUGCCCAGUUGGAAAGGAGACCGGCUGGUGUUGCACAUAAUCCCGCGAGCCACAGAUCUCCGAUUCCCCCCGAACUCAUGCCAAGGGACCGCUGUGCUAGAUGGAUCUACUGCCCGGACGGGACAGCAGCCUGGCACCGCCUGGCACACUCAAGCACACAGCGGCAAUUAGGACAUCAAUUAAUCGAUUAAACAGCUGCAGCUGUUUUUGGAAAGUGGGAGUGAGCUGGAACACCAGGAGAAAACCCAUAUGGCUAUACAUGGAGAAGAUGUAUGCGUGAACUCCACACGGAAGAUCCCAUUAUCAGGAAGCAGACCGGGAUAUGAGAGCUCUGGGGUAGAAGCAGCGGAGGCCACUGCUGAGCUUGUGGUGCCUGUGUUUGGAAAGGAAGGGGGGUCCGUUGAACUCCGUGGGCCCGCGGUGGACAGGGCCACUCCGGUUCCAGCACCCGUGAUCCGAGCGUCCAGCACUCUCACGCCCCGGGGGGGCUGCCUCCUCACGCUGAACUGCUCCGCGGAGGGCGGGAAGGAGGUGAUGCUGACCUGGAGGUGGCUGGAUGACCGGAUCCCGAGGGAGUCCACCAAUGAGACGCUGGUGUUGCUCCUUUCUCCCGGGAUCGACUCCUUCAACUGCUCAGCGAACAACAGCGUCAGCACGCGCUCCUCCGUUAUCGCCAGGGAACAGUUUGAGUGCGCCGGGCGAAAUCUAGAAUUGAGCGCAGUCAUCGGGAGUUCCGCCCUGUUCCUGAUCUUGUUGCUGGCAGUCUCCGGGGUUUUUUACGGCAGAAAGGUGUGCAAAAAGCAAGACGGAGAUACCAUUUACGAGAACGUGAAUAAGGAGGAGGUGAGCAGCAGGGCCCCAGUGCUCACCCUCUACGACACCGUGGACCCCCGCAUCUGCACCAGAGAACUCGCGCCCGGCGUGGCCACUCUGUACGCCACGGCUGACACGGUCACCAAGUUCAACAACUUCAAGGAGUUCACCAACAAGAAGAGCCCCACCUACUCGGUGGUGAACCACAAUGCCUGCGUCCCACCCACGAACCCGGAGAGCAUCUACGCCACCGUUAAAGCCCCGGCUGCGGACAUCAGCUACAAUUUCUCUGUGCAGAACCAGUGCUGGAAUUUUCCAAAUGCCUAA